AUGAAAGCUAAAGUCCCAAAAGACUUCAAAGCUCCUGACAUGACUCCCUAUGAUGGCAUGUCUGACCCAAGCCAUCAUCUCAGCAACUUCAGGAGUCGAAUGUACCUCACGGAUGCCUCUGAUGUAACCCGUUGCAAAGCUUUGCCAACUACCUUGACCAAUACAGCAAUAAAGUGGGUCGACAGCUUGCCACCAAGGUCAAUUGCAAGCUUCGAUGACCUCGCCAAGAAAUUUCUAGCUAGGUUCUUAAUUCAAAAAGAUAAAAUCAAGCAUGCUCCAAACCUACUAGGGAUCAAACAAGGAGAUCGGGAGAGCCUUCGUAGUUAUAUGGAAAGAUUCAAUAAAGCAUGCCUCGACAUACAGAAUCUCUCUACAGAAGCAGCCAUUAUGGGACUAAUCAAUGGCCUGCGGGAAGGACCCUUUAGCCACUCCAUAUCCAAAAAACAUCCCACAUCUCUAAACGAGGUACAAGAAUGGGCAGAAAAGUACAUCAAUAUGGAGGAGAACUCCUAG